CUUCUUUGGACCUCAGGAUCCCAGUGAAGACUGGUGUCUCGAAUGUGCCACCUUAAGUGAUGUAAUAGAGCUUGGUGGCAGAAGAGACAGUCACCUCCCUCCCAGGGGUUCCUUCUGGCAGGGCUACUACUGUCUUCAUCUGUAAAAUGGGGAAUAGCUCCUCCCACUCAGGGUAGUAUAGAGAUUUAAACAAGGACCGUGUCUGGCAAUCUGAAAUUCUAGUUAUUAUUAUUGCUAUUAUUGCUGUCAAUUACUAAUGUUUACAGCUUGCUCAAAGCUUCAGUAGGCACUCUCAAGCUCUAAGAACUCACACUGACCUGGCCUGGAACCUGGGACUCUCCUUUAGACAGAAUGGAAGACCAGAGAGGUUCAGCAACCUACUCAGGGACACACAGCCAGAAAGGGGGGUGGUGUUAAUUAAGGUUUGGUCUGAGGAGAAAGAGCCCAAGUUGGACUCUACAGGGUGAUUUUGGCAACUGACUCAACCUGUCCCAGCCUCAGUUUUCCAUUAGUCAAAUGGGGAUAAUAGUAGAGUUCCCUCCAUAGGGAUUGUUGGGAAGAUUAAAAUGGGUUAAUUAACACCAGGAAAAGUUAAUAUAUUAACUGGUGGUCGUUGUGGCAGUGACAAGGGGGACUCAGUUUUUCCAUCUGCAAGAUGGGUGCCCUUGCCCUUCUGGGCCCCACGUGUGGGCCAGGGCAGCUGGGGAUGGGCGGGCCCCGCUCGCGGAAGGGCUUCCUGGGGUAGGCAGGGCGCCUGAGACCGGGUCCCGGCGCCGAGUUGGCGGACAGCAAGCCCGGGCUCAGUUCCGGCCCGCUGCCUGGCUUUCCUUCUCCCUUUUCGAGUAACUCCUGGGCCGGCGGGUUCACUUGCUCGGGGCCGGCCGCCGGAAGUUGCGCAAACGUUGUGUUACCUGAGCCCAGGUGGGCCGGGCUGGAGAGCGCAGAGCGCCGGUCAGGACGCAGUCAGCCGUUGUGGAGUCCAGCUGCCAGCUUUCUGCUUGGAUCUCUGUCUUCUCAUUUCUCCAGUCUCCUCAGACAGAAGCCCUUGGGGAAUGUAACAGCCAUGCCAGUGGACACGCUGACUCCGGGAGCCCGGGACACCCCUGCUCUACCUAUCCGCCUACGGACCAAGGUUCCUGGCUACCUGCUACGGCGUCCAGCGGACGGUGGAGCCCGGAAACCUAGUGCUGUCGAACGCCUGGAGGCCGACAAGGCCAAGUACGUCAAGAGCCUACACGUGGCCAACACUCGUCAGGAGCCUGUGCAGCCCCUGCUGUGCAAACAACCCCUCUUCAGCCCGGGAACUCGCCGCACCGUGCUCACACCUAGCCGCCGAGCCCUGCCUGGCCCCGGCCGCCGGCCCCAGUUGGACUUGGACAUCCUUAGCAGCCUCAUCAACUUGUGUGAUAGUCCUGUGUCCCCUGCCGAGGCCAGCCGUACCCCCGGACGGGCUGAGGGGGCCAGGCAGCCUCCCCCGGCCACGCCCCCACGCCCACCACCAAGUAUUGCUGCGGUCCGACGAGUGGAUGUCCUGCCCCUGCCGGCGUCACCUGUCCAGCCCUGCCCAUCGCCAGGCCCUGCCGCCGCCUCUAGCCCAGUCCGGCCCCCAGGUUUGCAACGCUCCAAGUCGGACCUGAGUGAGCGCUUCUCACGGGCAGCAGCUGACCUGGAGCGAUUCUUUAACUUCUGUGGCCUGGACCCGGAGGAGGCGCGGGGAUUGGGUGUGGCCCACCUAGCACGGGCCAGCUCAGACAUCGUGUCGCUGGCGGGGCCCAGUGCUGGGCCAGCCAGCUCCGAGGGGGGCUGCUCCCGCCGCAGCUCUGUGACCAUCGAGGAGCGGGCUCGGGAGCGUGUCCCCUAUGGCGUGUCAGUGGUAGAGCGCAACGCCCGCGUAAUCAAAUGGCUGUAUGGGUUGCGGCAGGCGCGGGAGACUCCAGCAGCUGAAGGCUAGGUGUCCACUGGAGUCGGGAUCUUAGAGAGGCUGUUGGCCUCUUGACCUCUCCUGCGUCCAUUCCCUGGCUUGGAGCAGACCCAAGGCUGCUGCCUUGUGUGAACUUGCUGUGGAGGCAAAGGCUCAGAGCACCCAUCUGGCAAGGACUGACCUGGAGAGAGUUGGCUCUUGACCUUGGACCACUGCUUGGCCCUCACAUGUAGGGUUUUGACAUGAAUGUCCCCUGCUUGUGGGUUUGGAUUUGGGGCACUUAACCCUCCCCACUGAGAGUGGGGGGCCAGGGGAUCUCACCAGAACUGUCUACCCAGCAGCUCUGUUUCUUUCUUCCUUCCUUGGCCUCUGUCCUUUACUGACUUCCUCUUCUUUAGCCCGUGGGCCUUGGUUACCUGGGAACUCACUCUGGGGUGGGGCAGGGAAGAGUGGCCUUGGCAGCCUGGGCCUAGGUGGGUGGACUACAGAAGGGACUGGUAGGAGUCUGCACUGCUCUGACUUCCCUCCUUUUAGUUAAUAAACACAAAUGCUUGGUUU